AUGGGGCAACCAUCUUGCUCUUCUGCACAUCUCACGACGUCCGACGUAUGGACACCAGCGACGACGUUCUCGCCACUUGUCCCAGACCAGGCUGACGGUGGGACCUCGGGAGAGCCACCUUCUCAUCGCACAAGGACGCCAAAGGCCGCCAUGUUGACAACGACGAAACCCACCCUCCGGCAACAGCAGGAACAGCAACUACGACUGUUGUACGGCCUGGACGAGCACCAGGCGUCCAAGAUGCUCGACCACAUCCUGGGGGGCUGUGAUCGAAUAGAAGAGGAGAGGAGACAUCUUGCAAGAGUGAGUCGACGAGGAGGCGUUGCUGAUGAGGCAGAGCUCAAAACUCAACCCACUCGUGUACGGCAUUGUAACCGCCUGCGUGUGGUUCCUCCUGUCCUGAUUCCGACCUAG